AUGGCACUCCAAAAAGUUAUUGUGAUGCUUGUAGUGGCUGUUUUAUCUAUUUUGCUGUUUACAGCAUACCUGGGUUGGGAAGAGGAAAGUGACAUUCGACAAAUUCCGCAAUUCUCACCAUCACAGUCCCCACUACCAUCGUCACCUUUUAAUGAAGAGUAUAAGAAACCACAAUGCAAUGAUGUUAAAGCAUUUCAGGGAAAACCACUUACAGGUCCUCGUACUUUUAGGAUUCGAGGUCCUCCUAAUCGUCACCUCAAAAUAUUUCACUGGCAGUACUUAUGCUUUGAAUGUAACCUUGACUGGAUAGAAUUCUCAAAGAAGCUUUGCCCUUAUCCACCAGAAUUAGUAAAUUUUUUCGAACAUCUGUUUGAGAAGCAUGUUAAACCAUCGGCACCAAGCUUGGCCUUAUGGCCCAAAGGUUAUGCACCAUGUCACUUCUGGACUGAAUGGUUGUAUUACCCUGGAGAAUACUUUUGUGGUGGUCAAAAAUACACUUGGACGGCAAACUAUACUGAAUGGAGAGACAUUGAUAUUGUUUUUGUAGAUGCUGUGUAUUGGCUUGGCAUAGAUCAACCGCCAUUCUACGAUAUAAUGCAGUUGCCUCCACGAACUUCAAAGCAAGCGUGGUGGCUUUAUUUUAGCGGUGAAUCACUUGCUUACUAUCCAUUCAUAAGACUUGAAAGUUUCCAAGAAUUAUUUGAUAUGUCAGCUGGUUCACCCGCCAGACUUUUUGACUUCAACCAACCCACACACCCGAUUCAAACAUCAGACAUUCCUUCAUUCUAUAAAACACACGUGCCUUUUGAUAAAAAGCGAAGUGAUGUACUUAUUGCUUGGAUGGCAACUAAUUGUUCGCCACGUAAUAACAGAAAUGAGUUCGUGCAGAGUCUCAUGAAUCUUACCAUUGUUCACUCUUUUGGAAAAUGUUUGCAUACCCAAGAUUUCCCAAACGACAUUUUGGUCAAGUAUGGCUUGAAAAAUGGAAGACAGGGUCAUUUUAGCGAUAAAAUGGCUGAGAUUAAACGAGAUGUGUUAAGCCCUUACAAGUUUAUUUUAGCACUAGAGAAUUCAAAUUGUGAAGGCUAUGUUACUGAGAAAGUCUACGAUCCAAUGUUAAUUGAUGCCAUUCCAAUCUAUAUGGGUGCUUCUGAUAUUGACGAUUACAUACCUCCUCGUUCAGUUAUCAAAGUAUCAGAUUACAAGACAAUUGAAGAAUUGGUUGCCUAUGUGAAGAAGGUGGCAGAUGAUCCUGCAUUGUUUGCCAGCUAUUUUGCUUGGAAAAAUGACACUUCAUACCAAAACUUUUGCAAAAAUUGCCAUUCAUCUACUGAAUCCAAGGCAUUUUCAAGUGUUGACACCAACGAAUUUCCUUGGUUUACUUGUAUAGUUUAUUAUUUGUAUUAG